GGCGUGGGGAGUUCCCAGUUAUUUUUUCACAAUCCGUCACUACUGCCAUCAUCAUCCAGCAGUAGAUUGACAAGGGCUGUGAGUUAGCGCUCACCCUCCAUCCCACGAGGUAUUAAUGAAUCGAUUAAUUUAUAGAGUUGUGGGGUGGGGGUGAAGGUGGAGGGGCGGUGUGCGCGUCCGGUUUCCCUGACAACAGCGACAACAGACGGGGCAGAGAAGGGGAGAUCGGAAGAGUGGAGCAGCGAGAGAGUACGGGAGAGAGAUAGAUCUAGGACAGAGAGGAAGAGGUGAGUGAAGAGGCGGCGAGGCAAGAGCAAGGGCAACGGUAGACAGGGAAGGGAGACGGUAUAGGGAGAGGAGGUGAAUAGCUAGGGUAGAGCGAGAGAGAGGGUGCACGGGAGAGAGGACAGGGAAGGGAUCAGAGAGAGAAGGGGGAGAGACGUGGGACCAGGGUCUCAGAUCAAGGAGCAGUGGGGUUUCUGGUGUUUAUGGUAGCACGCAAGACCAGGGACAGAGCACGAGGUCCCAGGGAGUGAAGGGACACCAGGGAGAAGGGAGAUCUGGGAGAGAGGAGGCAGGAGAACCAGGGAGCAGAGAGAGGAGACAUGGACACGGGGGAGCUGGGAAGAGACGAUGGAAGGGCAUCCAAGCAGCAGGGAGGCCGCGGUGGAGCCGUGAGGCCGCGUUGCGCCGCCGGGCUUGGCAGCAGCACCCGCGCGGCGCUGACGGACUCGGGCUCGUGGCUGCUGCUGCUGGAGGAUGCGAAGUCGAACCGGUCGCGCGGACCUCCGGGGCUCGCGGACGGCAAGGGGAAGCGGCGGGGAGCGCGGCCCAUGCACGCUUCCACCCUCUCGCUUGGGGGCUCGUCGCUGGGACAGGAGUUCCGCACCAGCCAUCGCCAUUUCUACUCUGGGAGAAGCUGGGAUGAGCGUCCCUUGCCGGCCCAGCCACGGCCGGGAAUGUUUCCAUCUCUGCACCACCACUCCAGCGUUCAGCUGUCGGCCGGGCUACCCGACCACCCUCCACGCACCCACAACUGGGAGGAGUUCAGGCCCAAGCAGCUCACCUUGGUGUGCGUACCACGUGCUUCGGCGAGCUGGCAUCAAAAACUGGCAGCACAACACGACCGGCGUGGACAUGUGGACGGUGACCACCCCGCAGCGGUGGGCACCUCCGUACCACACCACCUACACGGUGAUGCACAGCCACGGCGACACGCCGGUUCGCACGCCCAGCGCAGGCCUUCCUCUCCCACGGCACCAGCACAAUAUCCUCACGGGUGAGGCUAACACUUGCGCGACCACUGCCAGCAUGUCAAGGCUCACGCUUAAGUCUUUCCUGUACGUGUCUUCCACUUUGAAAGUUGUGCGCCAGCAGAUAUCAAGAAAAGUCACGCGUAGACAUGCUUCUGUCCUACAAAUAGCAAGAACUUUACGUUCCGAGCUGCAUGAGAUGUCACAUGGUGUACGAAAUUUUACAUCGUCGCCUUUUUAUUGGGCAAUCCCCUUAUAAAUGGGCCGGUGUUCUAUAUCCCUCAUAGCAACCUAACAUUAUAUUAAAAAUGUAUUUCUAUACGAUCUUUAUAAUGGAUAUCCUGACCCCAUGUUAUAUAGAGAUGGAUAAAAUGUAUGCAUUACCUUUCAAGCUUCGUUGGAAAACAUUAAAACUGUGCUGCUUCACCCAAGUUAUUUAUUUUAAAUACUUUUCAUUGUUCAAAUUGGUGUUGCUCAUGCUGUUUUAACUUCAUAUCUUUAACCCAGGACAGCCCUAGAGAUAUCUCAUGUUUAUCAAAUACAAUUAUACAAAAUAAUUUUGAUUCAUAUAGCCGCUGUGACUGCAUCUCAAGACACUACAAAAAAAAUGGCGUUUAUAUUAGA